UGUUCGACGUGGCAAUAACCGACGUGCCAGUUCAGGAUUUAACUCGUCGAGCCGUAAUGAGCAGCUCCGGCGCCUUCCGCGACAGCCUGCGCAGCCAGAGCUCGGUGCAGCUCAUGGGAUUCAUCGACCAUUGCGUGCGUGUGGACGUACAGGAGACGACGGAGGAGGGCGAGCUGCGUAUCCGCGGCUACGAGACGCUGUUAGGCACCAGCACCGCCGUCUUAUCCUGUAUUCAGGUGUUACGUCGUAUUAUCCGCGAAUACGCGUACGGUCGCGUGGGACGAGAGCUGCAACAUUUUUCACUUACUGUGGCCUCCUUCGAACGCGUGCUUUACACCUUCAUUAAGGAGGAGAUCGUCGUGGCUUCCAAGCAUUACGCCAGUCGCCCACCUGUGGAUUUCAGGACUAAAACGGCACUUAAAGAUAUUAUUCCAUUGAUUCCUACCGAUGAGAGGUACACGAUCCUAUCAGGAGGUGUGGCGUCGCUCUUACGACACGCUACAAAGUCAUUGGAGGAGACGCGGCAAGUGCUGGAAGAGCUACAAUCCGGAUACAAUCCGGAUCGCGAGAACCGCUGGUCCAGGACGUCCGUGGUGCUCGUUCUGACCUUCAUGUUUCUAUACAAGAGAUUCCGUAUCCGUACGUCGUUCAAGCAGUUCAUAAUGCAAGUACUGCCUACACGACAGAUGAUCAAGUGGGGACUAGUGCUCCUCGUGGCUGCAGACUACUGGAACCGAGCCAUGUAUCGGUUCUCCAACUUGCGACGCAUCAAGGUGCACCACGCUCGAGUUUUAAUGGCAUUGAGGCUGUUUCUGCUCUGUCAGCAUGUGCUGCAACGCGCUCGACCGAUCAGUAACGCGUCGGACCAUCGACUGUUGAUUGAUAGCCCGAUGGAGGCAGAUAUCGACGACGAUUUAAAAAACGCCACGACGCUGUUGAUUGAGAGAGUGCCGCUACCUGCUGAGUACUACGAUCGGUCGUCCGAGCCGUGGGGGUUCACAGCGUUCAAAAUCGGCACGAACGUUCUCACUGCUUCCAGUGCUUUUGCGCACUCGAUUCUAGGGCUACAGAACAAGCUUCUGCUCAAGGUCUUCGGCCCGCCGUUGCUUAUAAUGGCUAUCCCGUACUAUGCGAUUCGAAACGCCAAGGCUGCACGAUACACGACGCGUACGCUUAUCGACCACCCCAAUGUGGAUGUGAUUCGCAUGGGCUGGCAGGUAUUUGGCGAGUCUCGACUGGUACGCUUCAUCACGAGUCUUCAGUGCCCCAAGAUCCCUGUCUUUGAAGAGCAGUUCUUAGCAGCCGAUGGAUCCAGUCUCAACAAGAAGCGUAGCAGCGAGUCUGAUAUCGGUAUUUACCUUUUCAGUGCGCGGCCGAUGGACUCUGUGAAAGCAGGGACUUGGACUAACGCCUGCACACCGUUAACUACCAAGAUGAUCGCAUGUGGCUUACCGUCAACGCGCCCCGUUAUACUAUACAUCCAUGGCGGAGGCUUCUUCGGACGCUUUAUUGCUAAAGACUUUUUGAACCUGACGAACUGGGCAUGUGUGCUGGGUGCGGUAAUCGUCUAUGUCGCUGUACUCGCAGAUUAUGGCCUAGCACCGGAGACGCACUAUCCGGACUCCAUGAACCAAUGCUACACUGUGUACAAGUGGAUACUUAACGGUGGAUUAGGCUUCCGUCCUGGCAAGAUUGCGCUGUUCGGUGAAAGUGCUGGUGCGAACAUGGGGGCUGCGUUGUGCAUUCGAUGCAUCCAAGAUGGCGUUGAUCUGCCGAGUGGGAACGUGUUCAUGUUCCCAGCACUGAAUCUGCACUUAUCUCCGUCGCCGUCACGGUUUAUCCACCAGAACGACCCUGUGUUGCCACGCGGUAUCCUUGAGCUGGCACUCACGUCGUACUACCCUUCACAUGGCCACUCGAACCAGUACAAACUCAACAUUCACGACCCGUGCGUGUCUCCUGGAUUGGCAGAAGAUUCACUACUGGAAAAAUUCCCACCGACGUCGCUCGUGGUAGGCGACUUGGAUCCGCUUCUGGAUGACAGCGUUGACUUCUACACGCGCCUCUCGUUCCUUAAGGUGCCGUCGACGCUGAAGAUUUACUCGGGACUCUCACACGGCUUCCUCAUCUACGGUGACCUGGUUCCGGAGGCUCAGAAGGCCAUCGAUGAGACGUGCGAGCGCGUGCAGAACUGUAUCCGGUUACGCUACGGAGCAUAAAGCUUGAAUGUAGUAUAUUUCCCCUGUUCAUGUAGACACCAACGAUAAACACUAUGAUGCUGCAACUAGACUUUUGCGAAUCGCGGUUACAACAUUCGUGACCUUGUGCUGAAAGGAAAACACAUUUUCUUCCUGGGGGGUUAAUUGAUCUUCUAUUUGGG